AACCUCCAGCUUUUUCUGAGCCAGCUGCCAGUUGUUAGGACUCUGUGGUCGUUUAUUGGGUGACAUCAGCCGCCAUCCCAUCCUGGUCGUCCGUCGAAGCCGAGCUGUCUCAUCUGGGUGAUCUCCGAGCCCCUCCGUCCUCACCUCUCGCGCCCAAACCAAACCCUAGCCCUUUCGUGCGUGCACGUGGCCCUUCCCUCCCCUCUUCCCGCUUCUUUGCCCUCCCCCUCCCUCCCUCCCUACCUUCCCCUUGAUCCUGCUUUUAGACGUCACCCUCCGAAUAAUCUGAUCCUCUUCCACACAACCCAGCAUUCCAGCUCCACUGGGUUUGGGUUUGAGCAGCGCGGUGCAUUCCUACAACAGCUCGAAGGCGACAGGACCAGCUUCGAUUUGGAGUCUGAUCCUCUGCCCCGUUUCCUCUUUUGGCUGUAUCAAUUGCCGCUUGUACUCGGUUUUCCGGCGAUUGAGCAGAGGUUGUAAAUUGGUUUGAUAACGAUCCCCCCGCUGCCUCCAUUCACCUCCGUCAGCGGUACCAUGGCUUCGUUGAGCUCGAUUUAUGCGUGCUCGAUCAGCCAGGCAGCAUCGUUCAAUCACUCGCUUAGCUCGCCAAGACAGACGACAUCACUCACCGCCGCCGCGCCGUUGGUUCCUCGCGCCACCAGCAGCCACGGCUCAUCGUCCCAGCCGUCUCGCUCUUCGCCCCCGAGCAUGCCGUUCGUUCCUAAUUCGAAUUCGUCGCGUUCUCCUCUGGCGCCGUCGCUUAAGGCCACCGUGGCGGAUUGCCCGCCGACCGACACCAAGACGUCGAGCAUCACCCGCAGAGGAGACAGGGCGAGUGGUAUUUCCGCGAAGGAGUCGACUCUUUCCUCAGUUGAUCUUCAGACCGAUCCUCUGCCGGUCGUGUCGCUGGCGGCAGCGGCGCCGGUUAUGAAGUACUCUCGCGAUGGCAAGCUGGUGAUCGGCGUGGGAACCAUGUCGGAGGCUGCGUGGGCCGCCGCAUUCGGCAUUAACACCGGUCAUCUCAUCCCCGUGACCAGCCCUCGAUCCGCGCAGCUGCUGCUUCCGCCGCCUUCAUCUCCCGAUUCUCGCUCCUCGCUGCCGCCCGCUGUGUCGAGCUCGCAGGGCUCCGCUCCACGGGUUGCCACGUUUGGAGGACAAGCGGAGCGGAGUGCGUCGGUGGCCGCGCCUCAAGAGGAGAGCUUUGACAGGGACGGUGCUGCUGCGGUGAUGGAGGAGGAUGUGUGGCUGCAGAUUCGUGCUGAGGCACGCGCGGCCGCGGAGGAGGAGCCUGCGCUAGCGAGCUACCUGUACUCCACCGUUCUCACCCACAGGUCGCUGGAACCCGCCCUCGCUGCGCACAUAGCCAACAAGCUGUCGUCGCCCACCUUGCUGGCGUCGCACCUGUUCGAGCUCUUCAAGGAGACCUUUCUCGAGGACCCCAGCAUUCAAGCCGCUAUCCGGGCCGAUCUCAUGGCCGUGCGACAGAAGGAUCCGGCGUGCGACGGCUUUCUCCUUUGCUUCUUGAAUUACAAGGGCUUCGCCGCUCUGCAAUCGUACCGCGCGGCGCACAAAUUGUGGCGGCAGGGACGAUACAGCCUGGCGAUGGCGCUGCAGAACCGCAUGUCAGAGGUGUUCCAGGUGGACAUCCACCCCGCCGCGCAGAUAGGCAAAGGGGUGAUGCUGGACCACGCAACGGGAGUGGUGAUCGGCGAGACCGCCGUUGUCGGUGACGAGGUCUCCAUGCUGCACAAUGUCACGCUCGGUGGUACUGGUGCCAUUGCGGGCAUCCGCCAUCCACGCGUGGGUAGGGGCGCAGUUAUUGGUGCAGGGGCUCGGAUUCUAGGCCCUGUAACCUUGGGUGACAGGGUGAAGGUGGGAGCUGGAAGCCUGGUGCUGACAGACGUGGAGGCAGAGGCCACUGUGGUGGGCAACCCUGCUAAGGUGGUGAGGAGGAAGGGUGAUGGAAAAGGGGAUGGCGGAGACGAGUUUGUGCUGGACUAUGUCAUCUAAUAGAGGAUUAGCUAGGCAUGUGCUUCAUUGCCUGGAAAGUCCUGACAUUUUUUUUUGUACAUUUCAUCAUUUAUCGCAGUGUGAGACUAGUGGACUGUGAUGAUGGUAGCGGAGUAUGUUUGCCUCGCAUGCAAGCUUCCUCUGGCUGCCCAUAACUCAACAAGUGACGCGUUUCCUAUUUUUCCACUCUGCAUACACUUAUACAGUUAUUGUACCCGAGAUAUCUCAAAGACGAUCGAGAAUUUUAGAUCGCGUACUGUGGCGAUUUGUGUCGUGCGACCUCUCUAGUUAUCCCUCUUCCUAGUGUUG